AUGCACGCCGACCCCGAGCACUGCUGGGACAUCGCAACCAUGACGGUGAAGGAGGCGUUGGCGAGCUGGAAGGGCAAGGCGGUGAAGGCCGCCAUGGAUGAGGAAAUACGGAGCCUCAUCGCGAACGGCACGUGGGAGCUCGUUGAGCGGCCCCCCGGCGUCAACAUCAUGAAAAAUCGGCUGAAGCAAUCGCCACUGCUGUGGAACAAGGCGCUCAACGACAUGCUGGUAGGCGCCGCAUGGAAGAAGAGCCAGGUCGACAAGGCUCUGUACUUCAAAGUCGGUGUCGACAAGGUGGUCUGUUGGGUGCUGGUCUACGUCGACGACCUGCUUGCCGCCAGCAGCAGCACCGCGAUGCUGAAGGAGCUGAAGGAGCUGCUGGAGGCCGCCUUCGAGCUGCGGGAGAUCUCGCCGGUGCAGAAGUACCUCGGGCUGGAGAUCGUGCUAGACAGGCUGGCGAGGAAACUAUGGCUACACCAGCAGAGCUACGCCGACAAGCUGCGUAGGCGUUUCAUCGACGAGGAGCAGGGCGGUCGGACCCCAAAGACGCCGGUCUCCGUCGACGCCUACGCCGAACUCACCUUCGACGACGACAAGGUACAGGAGCGCCAGGAGGAGGAGUACCGGCAGAAGGUCGGCCCGCUGCCGUCCGCGGCGACGAUGACAAGGCCGGACAUCGCCUUAGCGUGUAGCAAGCUGGGGAGCGGCCUCACAGUGAGGAGCGAUCAGCACUGGCGCGAGGUCGACCGCUGCCUCGCCUACCUCGCCAACACGCGUGACACCGCCCUGGAGUUCGGCGGUGGUCCGGAGUCACUGGAGCUGGUCGGCUACGUGGACGCCGAUGACCGCGGCGACAAGCAGAACCGGACGAGCACGGGUGGCUACGUGUUCGUCUACGGAGGGGCCGCGAUCUCCUCCUAG